AUGCUGCUGCAUCUGUAUAUGCAGCAGCAGCUGCAGCAGCAGCAGCUAACUGCAGCAGCAACACCCAGACUGCAGCAUAUAUCUUCUGUUCGUUCUUUCCUUUUUGGGGUGGGGACCCCCCCCUGCUGGUUGCCGCUGCAGCGGGAGCUUGCUGCUUCUCUCUGCAGCAGCAACACAGCAGCAGCAGCAGCAGCAUGUGCUGCUGCUGCUGCUGGACGCCUUGAUCCUGCUGCUGCUGCUGCACCGCAAGUUUGCUGCCUCCUCGGGUGUCUAGGCAGCCACUGCGACAUCAGCCUACCUGCUGCUGCAUUCGAUGCAUGCAUUUCAUUCCGAAACGCAGCAGCAGCAGCAACAGCAACUGCAGCAGCUUUGCCUCGCCCCCCUCCCCUCGUCCCCUGCCGCAAACCAGCAGCAGCAGCAACAGCAGCAGCAGCAGCAACAGCAGCAGCAACACCGUCAGCAUCAUCACCAGCAUCAGAACCAGCAGCAGCAGCAGCAGCAGCAGCAGAACCAGCAGCAGAAUCACAACCACCAGCACCACCAGCUCCCCCAGCACCAGCAGCAGCAGCAGCAGAACCAGCAGGAGCAGCAGCAGCAGCAGCAGCAGCAGGACCAGUGGUGUAUUUACCCCGAGGAUAUUUAUCUCGGCAGGAGCAGCAGCAGCAGCAGCAGCAGCAGGACCAGUGGUGUAUUUACCCCGAGGAUAUUUAUCUCGUGUAUAUUUGCAUUAUAUAUGUAGCGGCAACCGGCAGCAGAAGCUGUGGUCCUUUAAGAGAAAGUAUAUAG